AUGAAGAGUUACAAUAUUCCUCGACGAAGUGGGCUGAUUUCCAUCACCUACCUGUUGAUCAGCUCAACAGCGUGGGUGGUGCAAGCUGGGAACCGACAGGAAUAUCAGUAUAGAGAUGAUGCCAUUGAGAACAAACUAAUUUGUGCCAGCAAAUUAGCCGACUACGCAGCUUGUCAAUGUGAUCCAUCCGCCGGCGAGUACUCGUGCAUCAAUGCUCAAUUUGUGGAUGCAAACGUGUUUUUGGACAUUGCCACUAAUUAUAAAUACAUCAAAAGCGUAACAUUCCAUGGCAACAAUUUCCAAGAUCUCACAUCCACUCCGUUAUUCGGAGCAGAUUCACAGAAUAGUCUUAUCAAGCUGAACCUCUCCGCUAAUUACAUUGUGAACUUGAAUAGUAAUGCACUGCGAAAUAUGCCUAAUCUGCAAGUACUCGAUAUUUCAAAUAAUGAGAUUGUGUUUCGACCGAGGGAUGUUGAUUUCUUGACACAUACUCCACAUUUAAAAGAGCUCUAUAUGCGGCGUGCCUUCACUGUCACUAUCAAUAGAACUCAACAAUUUGAGCUUAUGCUGGAAAUGUUCCGACAAGCAAAACUUGAAUAUCUUCAGGUCCUCGAUCUAUCGUACAACUUCAUCCACACCGUGCCAUUCGAGAUUGCCUGCCCAUUUCCAGCACUUCAAACAUUGGAUCUCCGUCAGAAUUUUAUGAAAAAUUUUAUUGUGAACGAGACGUGUAUCAAAGAUGUCAAAACCAUCAAUUUAAGCAGAAACCAACUACAUGUGAUUUCCGACGAUUUCCGUGCCCUAGCCGACAAGGCGCAACCGGAAACGUUUUUGCUCCGUAACCUGUUUUACUGCGAUUGCAACUCGAAAGAGUUCAUCACCUGGAUACGCUCCACCAAAUCGGUGCGGGAGAAGAACAGUCUAGUAUGCGAGAGAGCAAGCCCAAAAAUGUACGUGGGGGCACGGAUUGCAGAGGUGCCAAUCAACAAACUGACCUGCGAUGAGCCACUUGUUACAAGUCACUCCUACUCUAAUUAUGGCAAUUUUACGGCAUUAUUAAUUGCAUUCUGUCUUUUCAGUAUUUUCUAA